UUCUCGGCAUGCAAAGGCAAUGUACCAAUCACGCUGGAUGUCCCAUUCAGAGUUAUCUCGCAUGUGGACAAAGGCUGCAUUUUUGGACGAGACCGUCACAAUGUUCACGGCCACGCAUAUGUUAAUAGGAUACAGAUCGGCUAACACAUAUCCGCCCGCUACGGCGGCGCAAGAAGGGAUAUGUGGUGGAAGAUACCGUCCUUGUCACAGCAACACCUGGUAUGCUGCGAGACACGGGAACUACUGGAAGAACCAAAAUGUCACAGAGGAGCCGUUCGCUCUCAUUUUCGGGCCAUUUCUUAAGAUAUUUUACAUGACGUUUUUUGCAAUUGACCAAGAAAGAUAUCAGAAAUAUGGAAAAGUGUUCGGAGUCUACGAAAGUGGAAAGCCAAUACUGUUCGUCGCCGAGCCCGAGAUCAUUAAGAAGGUUCUGGUGAAGGAUUUUGCCUUGCUUCCAAAUAGAAGGCGCAUAACCUUCCAGGACUCUUUAUUGGACAACAUGAUGAACAUUGCUCCAGUGGAACGAUGGCGCAAAAUUCGUCCUGCAGUGAGCCCUGCCUUUUCUACGGGAAAGCUGAAGAGGAUGACCGCACUCAUUGAAGACUGCGCAAGAAUCACGAGGAAGCAUUUGCAAAGGGCAGCGGAGAAGAACGAUAUUAUUGAAGCAAAGCGGUUUUUCGGGCAUUUUUCGUUAGAUACCAUUGCCAGAUGCGCAUUUGGAACGAACCUGGAUUCUUAUUCCGAUCAGACGAACACGUUCGUGUCAAUGGCCAGACAAGCCUUUGGAAAAGAUCUGAGCCUGAAGCUUAUAUUGUUCUUUCUGUUCCCUGGGCUAUUUAAACUUCUGAAAAUUAAACCAUUCAAUUCGGAUGUGUUCCAGUACUUCAAAUCACUUUCGGUGAAUAUUAUAAAACAGAGGCAGGAAAAGGACAAUCGCAACGAAGAUUUUCUGCAACUAAUGAUGGAUGCUCAAGAAGGGAACCUCGCAGCCCCAACAGAAAACACAAAAAGCCGUGACGACGAACUUUACAACUUGGGUGACGAUGAGAAGACCGUACAGUUUUCUUCAGACAAAACUGUCACAGAGGAUGAAGCUAUGGCACAGUGCGUGCUGUUCUUCCUCGCUGGCCAAGACACAACUUCGUCUGUUAUUUCAUUUACCAUUUACCUACUGGCGUUGCACCCGGAAAUACAAGACAAACUGAGGGAGGAGGUGAACGAGUGCUUCGCCAAACACGACAACCGACCACCCUUUGAUGUGAUAUCGAAACAGAAGUACCUGAAUGCAGUUAUUUCCGAAUCAUUGAGGAUAUUUCCCCCUACUGUAAGGUAUGUUGCGAGACACCGAAACUACUGGAAAAACCAAAACCUCACGCACGAGCCGUUCGCUCUCAUUUUCGGGCCAUUCCUUAAGCUAUUUUACAUGACGUUUUUCGCGAUUGACCAAGAACGAUAUCAGAAAUAUGGGAAAGUGUUCGGAAUCUACGAAGGUGGAAAGCCAACACUGUUCGUCGCCGACCCCGAGAUCGUUAAGAAGGUUCUGGUGAAAGAUUUUGCCUCGCUCCCAAACAGGAGGCGCCUGACCUUCCAGGAUGCAAUAUUGGACAACAUGAUGAGCAUUGCUCCAUUGGAACGGUGGCGCAAAAUUCGUCCUGCAGCGAGCCCUGCCUUCUCUACUGGAAAGCUGAAGAGGAUGACCGCACUCAUUGAAGACUGCGCAAGAAUCACGAGGGAGCAUUUGCAAAAGGCAGCGGAGAAAAACGAUAAUAUUGACGCAAAGCAGUUUUUCGGGCAUUUUUCCUUAGAUACCAUUGCCAGAUGUGCAUUUGGAACGAACCUGGAUUCUUAUUCCGAUCAGACGAACGCCUUCGUGUCAAAGGCAAGACAAGCCUUUGGACAAGAUCUGAACCUGAAGUUUAUAUUAUUCUUUCUGUUUCCUGGGCUAUUUAAACUUCUGAAAAUUAAACCAUUCAAUUCGGAUGCGUUCGAGUACUUCAAGUCACUUUCAGUGAAUAUUAUAAAACAGAGGCAGGAAAAGGACAAUCGCAACGAAGAUUUUCUGCAACUAAUGAUGGAUGCUCAAGAAGGGAACCUCGCAGCCCCAACAGAAAACACAAAAAGCCGUGACGACGAACUUUACAACUUGGGUGACGAUGAGAAGAACGUACAGUUUUCUUCAGACAAAACACUCACAGAGGAUGAAGCUUUGGCGCAAUGCGUGCUGUUCUUCCUCGGUGGCCUGGACACGACAUCGUCGGUUAUUUCAUUUACUCUCUACCUAUUGGCUUUGCACCCAGAAAUACAAGACAAACUGAGGGAGGAGGUGAACGAGUGCUUUGCCAAACACGACAACCGACCACCCUUUGAUGCGAUAUCCAAACAGAAAUACCUGAAUGCAGUUAUUUCGGAAUCUUUGAGGAUAUUUCCCCCUGCUGUCAGGAUUGAGCGUUCGGCAACCGAGCCAUAUAAAAUUGAUGGUACCAAUAUCGUCGUUCCUGAGGAAGGCGUCGUGGCCAUACCAGUCUAUGCCAUGCACCACGAUGCCCAAUAUUUCCCUGAGCCAGAGAAGUUCGAUCCUGAAAGAUUCAGCGACGAGAACCUAUCGUCUAUCCGGCCUUAUACGUAUCUACCAUUCGGUGCGGGCCCCAGGAACUGCGUUGGUAUGAGGUUCGCCCUGCACGCUGUCAAACUAUGUCUUAUGAACGCCAUCCACUGCGCCAGAUUUGUCCGAACGCCAGAAACUCAGGUUCCACUGAGCUUCUACAAGGGAUUUGGGGUUCUGAAUGCCAAAGACGUAACUGUUGGAGUUCGUCCACUCCACUCUCUACCGAAAUGAGGUUGUGGUCCUUGAGGCGACAGAUGUGCUUGCGCUCAUUUCAGCUCAGCAUUCCUGAACCGCAAGGUGCAAUAUGGCAGUCUCUACAUGACCCCCUGCAGGAGCACCCACACGAACCACGUGACGUCAUCUGUAUUUCACACUGCUCCUAAAGAUCUUGGGGUCUUAUACAUGUAAAAGAGUCACCGUUAAUUCAAUAAUCGAAGAAAUAUCAAGCAUGUAUUCUGUGUUCGUUAUAAAUAUUUUUUCGUUCUGCA